UAGCAAAUGAUAGGUUGGGGAGUUACUUUGAGGAGAAGUAAUGGAGUUUGGAAACGGAUCCUCGUGAAAGAAAAGUAAGAGGGAAUGUUAGAAUUAACCGAGUUGUUGUCAAAUAGUGGUGAGCCUUCGUACGAAGUGGUGAAGUUUAAUAGAUCUGCGAAAAAAGGUUGUGAUUCCUUAUAUGUGAACAACGUUUAAGCAAGAGACGGUACGUUCGACUUUUGUGACUACAUAACGGUGGCCUAAAUUUUUUUGCGAGCUAUUUCAUCGUUCAUUACAUUCAUCUGGGAGUCUAACUGAAACUGUUGCCAUUGCCUCUUUGUGUUCGGUUUUGUACAUUCGUUACAUGUCAUCUGGAACUAUAAUUGGUUUUAUCAAUUUAUAUGACGUCAAGGAUUUUACGUAUUAGUGCAUAAGUUUUAUAUAUUAUUGUUACUAUUUUUGAAUUUAUAUAAAAGAGCAAUAAUGGAAAAACAGGAAGUGAUAAAAAAUUUACGUGCGUGUCUCAUAUCUGCAAAGGAUGGUGUAAAGAUAGAAAAUUUAAAUAGAGACUAUAAAAUGCUAAUCGAUGAACAAAUCCCCUAUCGAAAGUUUGGCUAUCCAUCUUUAGUAGCCUUUUUGUAUACUGUUCCUGGUAUAAAGAUUGUUGAGAAAGGUGCUGACGUCUAUGUAGAAGCUGUACCUACUGAAGAAUCUGCACAUAUUACAAGAUUAAUUUCACGUCAAAAAGCAGUAUCCAAGAAACAUAGAAGAGUGGUGAAUGCUUGGAAGCCAUCAUCAUUUCGUCUACCUAUGGUGACAAGAAAAGCUGUCCGCACUGUACAAAGUACUAAUCAGAAUCUGUAUUCACAAAUAAGCGGAAGACAAAAUACAUCAGUUCCUGCAAUGCCAACAAAAAUUACUAUUUAUCGAAAUGACGAGAAACCCAGAUACAUACAAUCUAAUUGUGGAAUAUCACCAAAUUCUCCAAGCAAAAGUCUAAAAGAUAGACAAAUGAAUCCUGUUUUGUCAACGAACCAAAGUGUUAUUAACACACAGAGAGAUACUGUAUGUUUGAAAAAUGAUAUCAAGCUGGUACCACCUUUGAUGAGUCAGACACCAAAGACUGUUAAUAACAAUAUAGAAACAUUUAAAAAAUCAUCAAAUAUAAGUGAAAGGCUCAAAAUUAAUCCUAAUAUACCUUCAUUGCUAAACUUAAACACCAGUAUUCCAACAUCUCCUCUUCAAUCUGGAGUUUUGUCACCCCUUUCGCCUGGACAAAUUUUAGCAGACGGUAAAAUGCCACAAUCGCAACAGUCACCAAUGAAUUCAUCUACUUUAUUAGAUAAUGCCAAAAAGAUCGUAUCAAAAUCACAGCCUCUCGAUCCGAGAGACGAACUAAGAGAGCGAGCUGUAGCAUUGAAUCUUCCAAGACCUGUAUAUCAAAUUUAUCCAACACCGAUUAAAAAUUCGAAGAAUCCAAGUGUAUUUGCACGAGUUAAGAUUGGUCCACAUGGAUAUUCAAGUUAUCCAGAAGAGGCGCGUACCGAAGAUGAGGCACAAAAAAUUGCUGCCAGGUUCGCGUUGUUAGAUCUUGUUGAAAAAUUUGGACCAGUUUUCACUUUAAACGAGACUAAAGAUAAAAAAAUAAUAAAAGAAAGAGUGUUGUCCAUAGUAGAUGAUCAUCCAAAUGGUAUUUUCAUGCAUAAAGUACCCAUAUAUUAUAAGCAAAAGUAUGAAGAAAUUUUACCAGAAAAUUGGGAGAAAGCUGUGGAAGAAUGUCCAGCAAUAGUUUUAGAAAAAGGUGUUGACAAUUCCAUAAUUCUUCGUCGAUUUGUUUUAUCUCCUGAAAAGAUAAAAAAUAUAACAUCGUCAAAAACGGAUAAAGUACAACUGCAUCCAAUUGGACCAGCUGCGCCUGGACAGUUGCAAUUACCAGAAGAAAAUGUUUGGAUUGUAUCUGUUACUUGCGUCAUAAGCACUACAGAAAUUUGGGCAAGAAUCGUAGGAGAUGCAUACAGUGAACAAUUCGAUCUUAUGACGGCUGAAAUGGCUAAACACUAUAGCAAUAUUCAACAACACGUCAAACCAUUAGCUAUCGUAGUUGGAAAUUACUAUGUCGUUUUUGAAGAUGAUUCGUGGCAUAGAGUUCGUUGCGUGGAUUAUAAUUCUGUUGAUGGAAUAGUUACAGUUUCAUUUAUUGAUCACGGCGACGAGGAUAUUUUCCAUCAGAGUAAAUUACAAAUGUUGGAUAAAAAAUUUUGUGGGAUCCCCGCACAGGCGGUGAGAUUAUGUCUUGCUGGUUUGGAAGAUUUUGGCGACUGCGACAGCGUUGUGGAUUAUAUAGAAAAGUUUCUAGUACUUGGUCAUGCAUUGUAUGCUGAAGUACUAAAUCGUGGUAAAGGACAAGACGAACAGUUUGCAACGGUUAUAUUUUAUGACACGCAGGGACCGGAUGAUGUGAAUUUAAAUGCAGAAUUCUCUGAACACAUUUUACAACAUAUAGUGGUUGCUCCUAAAUUAACUGAAGAACAAGUAUUUGAGGUAUUUAUUUCCCACAUAGAACAGGAUGGUGAUGUUUAUGUACAGGUAGAAUGUGAAAGUAUGAAGCUGUUAGUCAGUUUAUUAAAUCGGUUAAUAUGUACCCGAUUAAAUGCAGAACAUUUGGAAAAUUGUACUGUAACUACCGUUGAUCCUAGUAAAACGUAUUUUGUCUCUGUAAAUAAUAAUUGGUAUAGAGGAAAAAUUGUAGGUAAUAGUCUUUACAGUCAAUUAAAAGUAUUUUUAAUCGAUUUCGGUAAAACUAUUACUACAACGAAAAGCAAUCUUCUUUCUUUGGAAAGAUUAUCUGAAGUUUUAACAAAAUAUCCUGCUCAGGCAUUAAAGGUACAUCUUCAUAACAUUGACAAAUCAAUGGUUAAUGAAAAGAUGAUUGCAAAAUUUACAGAACUCGCACCAAAGGGUGAACCGCUUCUUGUGAAGGUUAUAUCAGUUGAAAAUAACAUACCGGUUGUUGAAUUAUUUAGGCGAAUUCAACCAAGCAACAUGCUUGUUUCCAUCAAUAACACUUUGGCUCUUGAAGAACUUGCAAAAGCCCACGGCGAUGGAAAUAAUAAUAUAAGACCAAGAAAACGUAUAGAACGCAUGAAUUCUAAACAUUCAACAAAUGAAGAUGACGACGUCCUGAAAUCUUUAAAACCACCUAAAAUUUCGGGUAUCGGUGAAUACUUUGACAUACACGUGACGAUGGCAGCUCAUCCUGGAAAUUUUACUAUUCAACCAUUUGAGGAUAAAUCUGCUUUGGAAGCAAUGAUGAUUCAAUUACAAGAAACUUGUCGAGAUUACAAAGGUCCUGCACCUACUACGGAAUCAGUAAGAGAAGGGAAACUUUAUGCAGCUAAACACAUUGAUGGUCACUGGUACAGGGUCUGCAUUUCAAGUGUAAUUAAACAAAAUAUGGUCAGUGUUUAUUUUUGUGAUUUCGGAGACGUAUCGGUACUGCCAUUAAGUAAAUUACAGCCACUGAAAAGUCAAUUUUUGGAACUACCAUAUCAAGCUAUUAAAGCAAGACUUUCUGGUAUACGACCGAUCGACGUUGACUGGUCUGUUGAGGAUAGUUUGAGAUUUCAAGAAUUGGUUGUGGAGAAAGAUUUUGUAUCAAUUGUUGUCGAAUCAAAGCCUGAUGUACUCUCUCCAGCUGACACUGUAUUGGGUUUAAAAUUAAUCGACGUUAAUACAACUGAAGAUAUUUACAUCGAUCAGCUUUUAGUACGCGAAGGUCGAGCUGUGUUCGUUGAUUAAAUAGUGCGCAUAGCAUGUAUGGGCAGUGAAAUUAAUAAGUCAUUUAAUUUUUCGAAUUUCAUUCUAAAAUACAUAUGUACGUAUAAAUAAUUCUUUCCUAUACACGUGCUAAAAAAUCUUUGUACAGUUUUAUGCUCCAAGACGCGGUUGUUUGUAUAUAACAUGAACUACAGUAAUAAUAACCUUUCUACUUAAUGAUGAUUGGUAAAACACAGAUAUCGAUGACUGUAUGAAGAAAAAAAAAAAAAAAUAACAAAAAACAAAAUGUGUUAUAAAAAUA